GUAAAUUACCAACAGGAAACCUCAUAUCUAAGAACAGAAUACUCUUCCAGUUUUGAUCGCUCACAUUGUUUUACAAAAUUCACUCUUUCAUUUAAUUUACUCGCACCCAGGGAUCAUGUCUCCGAAGGAUACGACCCGGGAAGACGCCGCGGUCGCGGCCGCCGACAAGGAACAUACCAACCGCCACUCUGCUAAUGCUCUAGAGUCCGCGGCGGAUGGUGAAACGGCAGCAGAGACCGGGGAGAAUGAUGCUGUUGCUAGCGCUCGACAACGGCUGGAAAGGUUCAAAGCUCUGCAAGCACGGGCGAAAACGGCAGCAGAGCGUAAUCUGAAAGAAACAGCGGCAGAAAGCCAGCGUCUCGCUACGGACCCAUCCUUGAUGUCCUCGUUGUCCAGGAAACACGCGUUUGCAUCUCACAAUCUGCUCAAAGCUGACACGGAGGCCGCCGGGGAGGAUUUCGAGCGCAAGCGUGCUUGGGACUGGACAGUCGAAGAAUCAGAGAAGUGGGAUAGACGCAUGGAGAAGAAACAGCGCCAUCGGGACGACGUGGCCUUCCAGGAUUACACGCAGGACGCGCGGAAGGUGUACAAGCGCCAAAUGCGUGAAAUACAGCCGAAUCUCGAAGCCUACGAGAAGGACAAGAUGGCCGCGAUCGAGAAGGCGGCAGCUAACGGGGAUCUGGAGAUUGUCGAGACAAACGAUGGAGAGAUGAUCGCCGUGGACAAGAGCGGCACUUUCUAUUCUACUGCCGAUACUAUCGGGUUUACUGACAAUAAGCCUGACCGGGCUGCCGUCGAUAGGCUGGUCGCGGAUCUGAGGAAGGCAGAGGAGGUCCGACUGAAGAAGCGGAAGGACCGGCGCGGCGAGGAGGACGCCGAUGUCACUUAUAUCAACGAGAAAAACAAGCAAUUCAACCAGAAGCUUGCUCGGUUCUAUAACAAGUAUACAACGGAGAUUCGUGACAGCUUUGAACGCGGCACCAUGAUCUGAAAUGGGAAUGGAGAACGACCUAUUGUACAAUACCUAAACUUUCUGUUACAUUUUCACAAAUGUGCCAACAG